AAAAUCAACUGUCAAAAGUCAAAAGCUGAACCUGUGAUUUUAGCAAUAAAUUGUACAAUUUCUUCAGAAAUAUAUCGAUUUUUAUAAUUAUGGGGACAGAAGUGGCGUUAUCAUUUAGUACUUUACGUACGCAAUUAGAAAAUGAGCGAAAUAGUUUAUUCAAAUUAGAUGAAAAUAUAAAGAAAAUAGUGCAAACAUCAGGACGAUAUUCUAAUGAAAGAUACAAUCCUUUCGGUGAUCAUCCUAGAGGAGGACCUAGGCUAGGCGGCAGAAAUUCUUAUACAGACACAAAUAAGAACGAAGACCAAUUCUUUAAACGUAAACAUGAAACAAAAACUGUUUUUAGCAGAUUAUCAGCGAAAACCAAUGAUAGUGACGGAGAAGAAGAGGCACCAGGACCCAAAAGAACUCGGGUGUCCUCAGCAGUAUGCCGUGAGCUCCCAACUAGAGCAGCUGUCCUGCGAGCUCAAGGGGAUGAUGAGCAAGCAAGGACUAGAAAUAGGAGAAUAUUUGGUUCACUUCUUGGGACUCUUCAAAAAUUCAAACAGGAAGAGAUUGUGUUACAAACUAAAGAAGAUAAAAAAGCCCAAGUGGAAAGAAAAAUAGAGGAGCAAGCUCGGCAGGAAAAGGAAAGGGAAUUAAAAGAGAGGAGAGUGUUAUUCGCUGAGCGGGAACACAAGAAAGCAACGAUCAAAGCUCUAGAAGCUAAGAUGGCGAGAGUGCAAGAGUUUGAAAAGUGGGAGGAAUCUCAACGCAACCUCGGCAACUUCAUUCUCACUAAGGCGAAGCCCCAUGUGUAUUGGCUACCUAAGAAAAUGUCUGAGAAGGCAACGGAGAAGUUGACUUCUAGUAGAAAGUAUCAUGAAAAGUGCAUGGCGAAGAAACGCCAAGAGCUGCAGGAGGAGUUGCAGCGGAUAGAGCAGCGCUGUCUGCGGCAGAAGCCCGGGGCUAAGGAGAAUGAUCCGCAGCAUGACGAUGUGCCUUCCGUCCAGCAAGUUCAUGAAAUUGAGGAAAAUGGCAACAAGAAGAGAGACAAGUUCGCGAUGGACGCAGAUGACAAAGACGACAGCGAUGCGGAUGACAGACAUGAUGACAAGAAUGUGGAGCAGGAACCGGCUCCCGAACCAGAAGAAAACAAAAUGGACACAAGUACAGAGCACACUGAGCAAAAUAACACUGUACCAGAGAAUACUGAUGACAUAUCGCAACCAGAGCCCAAACUCGACGUAGAAGAGAAAACAAUAGAUUCGGAAGACCCAGAACAUUCCUAAUGCCUAAUUAACACAAGGGGAUAGCAUAUGCAAGCCUCGUGCCGUCCUUGUCGCACCUCGUACGAGAGACAGAGAUAGCAUUAGGCCAGCAUAUACAAUGUACCUUGUCUAAACGGACCUUUAUCUGAAUGGCCAAAUGAUUGACUUGUUAGUGCAAGUGUGAGUGCUUUCGAAAUUAUGUUGAUAAAUUAGGUGUAUGUGAGUUGUUUAGGGCCCGAAUAGGUGAUUCUCUUUUUUUAUAGAGAAGUUUAUGUUAAAAGUGUUAUAGUGCAAAACUAGUUCGUAAAUUUGCAAUUUUAUAUACCCCAUGUCCAGAAUAUAAUGAAAAUUUUCAGAUUUCUUUUCAUAACAAAAACAAAAAACAAAAAAAAAAGUGAUUAAUACAAUAAACCAUAGUUACAAAAAAGUGACGGAAACUGAACUAAAUAACAAAUAAGCUUCAAAUUUGAAAUAUCAUUUGGCCAGUAUGUUUCAUAGUGUAAAAUACAAAUAUAAGGUACUUCGUAUUCUGUAAGUGAAUCAAUAAAAAUUAAAUGCAGUCAAUUUG